AUGAUCUGGUACGUCGUCGCGGCGUUUAUAGCGAUGACAUUGACGUUUGUUUAUUUGCUGUACGAGCAGCCGAUAAGGACGGCGGCGGCGGCAGCGGUGACGACGAGUAGUACAAACAAACCGGUCAACAAGAGUCACGUUAUGUAAGUGUAAAACUGGUGUGAGCGGUGCGCGCAGCCCAUCCGAAAUUGGGAAUACUAACAUUUUGUGCGGGCGAUCCGAGAUAAUGCCCGACAUCGGAUUUCGUGUGAGCGUGUCGGGAUGUCUGUCUGUUUGUCUGUUUGUUUUAUUCGCCUGUUAUCUGAAUUGUUAAAGGUCGACGCGUUAUUUAUGACGGAGCGAUACGUGUUUGGGUACACACGACUAACGCUGCAGUGUCCCGUCGUCACCUGCCGCCGCAACCUCCGCCACCGACUCUGCGACGUACCUACGUGAAAAUAAUAACGCAGCAAUCGGCAGCAGCAGCUAUAACCACGACGUUAUGUACAUUAGCGAUAAUGACGUAAUCGUUCGUGCUUUGUAACAUCGCAUUAAUAAUGCACAAAAGACCUGAAGACGGAGCCCUUACCAAGGCUAGACGACGGUUGUCAGUCACUACCUGGGCUACACCGAUCAUCGUUACACAGACCUCUGCCGGAGCUACUUCCGUUGCAAGCAAGACUGGCAACGAAUCGACCUCCACCCAGACUCUACCGGAUAUUAUCACAGGAACCAGUACAUCAGUUGCCACAGAGAUCAGUAUUUCGGCCACCGCCCGAACUACACAGGUUACCCACUGGACUUUCACAAACACCUCCACUUUCGCCAUCUCAACCACCGCAGCUACCGACACAGUAAGUAUGGUUAAGCCGUUUGUUUACAACGAAGAUAACAGAAAGCGAGAACGUAGGGAACAAAUGGAAGCUAGACAGCAGAGAUUAUCUAGGUUGAAUUUAGAUGACCUUGAGCUUACGGCGUAUAACGAUUAUCGCCGUCGAUACGGCCUCCAUGUCAUGCAAAGCCAACAGUGGUUACUCCGGGAUCUGGGCCAACGACCGUUUGCAUUAUGCGAUAGAAUGAUAGGACAGAUUCAUACUCCAUUAUUUACCGUUUUGUUACUUCCUAAUAACCUUGACGUGGACACAAAAUAUGAGCUUUUGUUCUGCGGUCCACUUAAUACAAACCGUAGUUUACUAAUCAACAUCCAUGCUGACAACCCUACAUCAAUGUUGAUCGAACGCAUUAACCAAAUGGGAAAUUUCGUAGUCAGCGACCAAGAGACUAUAGACGCGAUAGAAUGGUUGAAGAACAUGCUGUCCUCAUCGGAUGCUAACAACUGGAUCUUAUUGAUUGUAAUAAUUGCCACGAUGAACCCGCAUCCGGAGGACACAUCUGUUGCUCUUUCUUUCUGUUGCAAUCCGGGCAGGUUAUCGAUCAAACAGGCCACGCGCAUGUUGGCGGGCCCCCGUGGUAUAGUACAUGGUUGGGGUGGUACAAUGCCGAACAUAGCUAACGCGUUAGAAAAAUACGGUAACAUGUCGUCGUUCUUAUGGUCAAAAAAAUGUGCCAUCGACGCUGGAACGGACGGAAGCAGUUCGUUCGAUUCGAAUUCUGUCGAUUAUGAGACCAGCAGUUUGAAAAGUGGACCGCGAGGUGUGGCUGCUGGACGUCCACCGGUCACUGGUAUGUCGUCGUUGAGCGAAACGUCGAGCGUGAAGACCAGCGAUGACGAGUUGAACACGACGGAGAACCCUGAUGAUGCAGACGGAUGUUUCAGACUUAAGAGAUUCAAGGCUUAUAUGAAACGGUCAGCCACCGAACGACGUGAGCGCCGAGCCAUGAGACGGGCAAGACGCGAGACACGCAAAGAAUAUAACUGCGAACGCCGUCAGAAUGACCCUGCCUACAAUAUGGAGGCCAGGCGAGCUGAGAUAUUGUCUGCCGAGCGUUUGCGCAACGAGAGCCGUUCUCGAGAACUGUUAAAUGCCGAACGGAAAACGGAACGCGUUUUGCAAUGGUGCCAGUCCCAGCAAGCCAUAUUGGCUGGCGAUUACCCAAUGACACCAAGUGACGAAAGAAUUGACAGAAGACUAAAAAAUUUGAGACAAACUCUUCGCAAUGAAAUAUCUUACACUUGGAAGCUGUUUUAUGAAGACAAAAUGAUCGCAAAAGCGUCACGCGAAGGAAUUGACCAUAUGGGUUUCCACUGCUGGAUAACGCCAACUCGAUGGAUUCCACAAAAUGGCCCAAACUGUGGAUUGGCAGUGCUUGCUAUGGCUGCAUGUCCAAUACUGACUAGUGAGGUUGCGUUGAGCGAUGCUCAAGAUGAUGCUCAAUAUGAUGAACUGGAGGACUUUUACGAGCUAGACAAAGUGGUGGAAAAAGCCUUUAUGGAACCCUCGGAAAAAUAUAAGCCAAAAGCUGAACGCUCUACAAAUAAUACCAUCUAUCCACCAAACAAUUAUAGACCUAAUAUCGAGGACUUUCAAAAGGAAGCUAUAAAAUCUGGAUACUCAGGUCAUGGUGAAAUGUUUAGUACCCAAGCCAUGGUCAAUCUGGCUAGGAGACACCAAACCGGACAAUACAAUGUAACGAUGGUCAACCAAGAUUUAUUUGAUAUGACAGAAGAAAAAAAUGACACUAAUACUGAAACUGAAAUAAAAUCUGUGGUUGAACAAGUUGAAGAUGCAUGUAUUGGGCCAGCUAAUCUUAACACAAAUGGUGUAAUUAACGAAUUAAAACAAAAUGACGAUCCACGUACGAAUAAGUCUAAAAACAAACAUUUACGACCAUUAUCAUCAUCUACAUUAAAUGUGGUCCAACGUCUGAUGCGCGGUUACCUUGUCGCUGUCUGUUUUGAUUGCGAUAGGAGUAUGAUGCCGUCUUUGGUCAACGGUGGAAGCACUGCUCAUUGGGCACUUUUAUGUGGUGUUAUUAUUGGAAAAUCCAUUAAGAAACCAAAAAAUAAAAUUCACCAAUAUGACAAACCGGAGUUUAAUCCAUUCAAAUAUGGAUAUCUAAAUCCAUACAAUCCGAAUUCGAGCGAGUUUUUGCCAACUUCUAACAUCGAUAAAAUAAUACGCGACCCGGAAGAUCCCAUUGCCGAAGAAAUUACUGAAUCCAGCCGAAAAUAUAUGGAACACAUAAAUUUUAGUGAUAUUGAUAUGGCACAAAAAUAUUAUGAUGAUAGUAAUAAAAACGUCACAGAGGAACAUUAUUAUUGUAACAUGUCUAAUCAGGAUUUGAAACGGAAUGCUGACCGUGUGUGGGUGAUAGCACGACAUGGAAAAAAAAGUGCUCGGUAUGCUGUGUGGUCUCUCAAAGAGCUUGCUGAAAGUAACUGUCAGUUACGUACACCUGCGCAUGAUAUUUUAGAUAGCAUCCCUCCCGAAAUAAAAAAGUUAUGGAAUAACGAUUACAAGACAGCCGAAUUAGAAUCGAAAAAAUUAAAAAAUAUAUCGAAUAAACAAAAUCAUGAUCGUACUAAUCAUUGUGAUCUACAUCCAACCGAAACUGGCAACAGGUUUCAUCGAUUGGAGAGGAAUAAUUCCGAGUUACCGAUCGAACGUUGGCCAGAGGAAAAUACUAGAGAUCCCGUUUUAAAGCAGAUACAAACAGAAAAACUAUCACCAUCACUAUCGACAACACAAACAUCACCAAAAAUACAACUAGCACCACCACCACCACCGCCACCACCGCCACCACCACCAUCAGUUAUACCCAUACAAUCCCUGUAUGAUAAUAAGGAUGAAUCACCGUUCGUGUUACCGGAAGGACCUAGGCUUGAUCUUUGUUUGGCUCAUAAGUUCGUUUCAUUUGAACCUGUCCGGGUGCCUUAUAAAAUACCUGAUGAUAACAAUCCACAAAUACUAAACCCAUUAUCUACGCUUCUAUGUCAAUUUUCAUUUACUAUGGACCAGGAUAUAAAACAAUGGAGUCCAACUGAAGAUAUUAUACAUUACUGGACAGAGGAUUACAAUUAUGUUACAACGGAUUCAUCGCCAGAAAGUAGUACGUCGCCGGUUCAACAACGGAGACCAUCAAGAGAACGCCGACGUCGCUCGUCGUCAAGUAGAUCACAAAGCAAAUUUAGAAGAGACGCAAUGGCAUCGAAAACAUUAAAAUGAUCAGUCAAAAUUAAUAAAACAAAUGAAUAAUAAUAAUAAUAGUAAUAAUAAUAAUAUAAUAAUAAUAAUUAAUAAUUGUCAAUGAAACAAAACCAAUAACAGUAGUCACGAAAAUCAAUUCAUUCUGUAGGAAUUAAAUAUUUAUCCCAACAAUAUAUAUAUAUAUGUAACCCAACAACUGGAAGGAACCAUUAGCGAAGACUACCACUACCUAUUCAAUUUAUUAAGUUCAUAACAUUUUAUGAUGUCAAGACAGAGACCGAAGAACACUAGAGCCAGUCGUUGAUAUGGCGAUAAGAUGAUAACCCCUAUGAUUUACUCACAACUCGUUCAUUUUACGUUACUAAUUCCCACAUUACACUCUUUAUAUUAUGUAGUAUCAACAUUACCUAUCUGAAUAAUUUAAUUUUUCUUAGUCUAAAUUUUCUUGGUAGAUUUGCUAACGACUGUCUUGAUGACCUACCUACUAAUCAACACAAAUGUCCGAUAACAUAUGCGAUUUCGAUGUAUAUACUUUCUCCGAUGGAAUAGUUAUGACAAACAACCUUUAGUAAGUAACAUAAUAUAUGGCAUGAUUAUUUUUAAUUUAUAAACGUAUCAAAAUUGUUUGAUAGAUUGAAAUGUUUAAUUAAUUUUAAAUUUACUGUAUGAAUAAAGUAAAACUAUUAAAAUAAUUUAUUACUAUAGGAUAAUACAAUAGUACCUAGUAUAAUUAAUAACUGUAAUAUAGAUUAUGAUAGCGAUGGCGUUUUUAGGAAGGGGGGUCAGAUUUGUAAAUUUGUUUAUACAUUCUAUUUCAUAAUUGAUAUUUUUAAUAGCGUGGGUUAUAAAUUCUAAAAAAUUACAUUCGUCAUAAUGGAACUAAAUCCGUUUUUAAUGAAGUAAAUUAUAAUUAUUGACUAAUUUUUAAUAAUAUUAAUAUAGAAAAUACACGUUAUUCAUCCGUAGGUGAGCAUCGAUUAUUCGAAUGAUAAACGUAUAUAUAACUCAAAGCUAAAGGAUUCAUGGACAGCAAUGAAAGGAUAGUGAUACUAUUCACUCCUACAUAAACAGCAAAUAUAGUUCCGAUGAUAAAAACGCUGACAAUAAAGAGGAAGAUGAAUUAACUUAGGGCUGUGACACCAAUGAUGAAUCGAAUGGUGAAGAUGACAGUAAUGAGAAAAUUGUGGCAUUACAAACAUUUUUGAAAAGUUUUUGGACCGCUGGAUUUUUUACUAUGGAACACAAAAAUACUAACCUUCCGGAUAUCAGCAGAAUAAGAGUGAUAAUCAUGAAAACCUAUCAUUAUAUAAACAAAUAUUCUUAAAUAUUAUUUAUAAUAUUUUUGAAUAUGUGUUUACUUUUAUUCUGCUGGUUUCCGGAAAAUGAUGUCACAUAGUAACAAAAUCCAGCGGUCUAAUAAACUGAUCAAAAAUAUUUGGAAUACUAUAGUAUUUCCUCAGUACUGCCAUCUUCACCAUUAUAUUCACCAUUGGUGUCUCAGCCCUCAGUUAUUUAAUAUUUGUUUUUAUCAUCUGAACUUUAUAUUUUUUAAUUCAGUAUGUUUCUUCAUUAUGGUUUAUUUCGGAGCGAAUAAUCACUAUCACUUUCAUCGCUGUCCAUGAAAUCUUGGUUUAAUAAUUAAAGAAUAAGAAUUAUUCUUCCUCCGUCACUUGGCUGAUUCGCAACUGAUUUUAUAUCGGGCCUGCUCUUGCUCCAAAACUAAUUAGAUUAAAAUAUAAAUUAUAGGAAUUGCUGUUGAAAUCAUUUCUAUAAAGAUUUACAGAGUGAGAGGUAUCAGUAUCAUUAUCGUAAUCUGUAUCAGAUCUGGCACGAACUCUGCUGCAGGCAGCAUCAGUUGGGACGUAACCACUUUCGGCCAACUGUUAGACACAAUGCAAUAUUCACGUUCGACAAAUAAAAUAUAUAAUAAAUAUUAGUAUACAGUCUACUGUGAGUUGCAGUGAUCGAUGCGAAUACAAAUUAGUGGGGAGGGGAGAUAAAACAAUAUGUGAAGUAGAGUAGUUGGGGGAUAUAAAAGAUUUAACGGUAUUUCCGAUACGCCGGUAACUACUUAAAUUAUUGGUAUCCAAUAUUUGAGAAUAAUUACUGUGUUACCGAAAAUACCGCAUUAGGUUGGUAUUUAUCUAAAAUAUCCAAUGCGUGUCCGUCCUCGAUAAAAUAAAGGUAUAGGUCUGUAUUAGUAUUUUAUUCGGAAAAUCGAAUUUAUUGUGUAUAGUGUUUGAACCACAUAUUAUUAUUGACAUAAAUGGUCUGUAACCCUACUUUGUAAACUGUUAAAUUCAUGACCAUAAAAAAGUUAGGAACUUCUGAUAUAGAACAGUUUGUUUUAGCCUUGUAGGUACUAGAGCUUUUUUUUAUUCUAUGCUCAUUUUUAUUUUUGUAAAAUCUCCCCUCUUUUUCGGUAUGAAAAAAUAUUAAUUUUCUCGGAUUGAAAAGACCAUUCUAGAAUCACCGAAAAUAUUAUACUUGUACCUAAUCGGUAAUGCCGCUGAUACCGGUUACUAAAUAUCGGUAUCAACAUUUGAAAUACUAAUAGUGGCUUUAUAAAAGUCCUAAAAUAAUAGUUUCCUGCGUAUUUCAUCACGACCAAACAAGAUUGUAUUUAAUAUUAUGAUUCAGUUAAAAAAACGUUCGAAACAGAUUUAAAAUAUCUAAUCUAUUUAUUUGUAUAUUUGUUUAAAUGUUAUUAUAUUAUGUGAUAUAACCAUCAUGUUCUACACAAAUAAUUGUAUGUGUUGAAAUUUAGGUAUAACUGCAUGUAUAUGUAUACAAGUUAACUGAUUUAAUAUGCCAUUGAUUAGUUAAUUUGUUGGAACAUACCUAUGUUAUUUGAUAUCAAUACUAUAAAAAUUUUUUUAAAAAUAUAUAAAUGAUUAAUGUUAUAUAGAACUUUUUUACAAGAGUCUAUUGUUUUUUUUUUAU